GUUCACUGCAGGGAAACUCCUAAGAGACAGCUGCGCUACCUCAGAUUAAAUCUAGAUUAAUUAAAGAAAACCUUUGUUACUGACCGGUACAUUAUCUUUUUUAUAUUCACCGAAUCUUAUUAAACGGUUUCCUGUACGUGUCACGUCACUGCACGUCGUUAUUUGUCUCAUUUUCAGCACUUUUUCGUCGCCAAAUCUGCCCCCUUGGGAUCGUGCUAACGUUAGCUCAGCGGCUAGCCACCAUUCACUCCUCGAAGAAAGAAUCGAUUAGUUGUUAUCACAAUCAUGGAUCGAACAGGAGUCACGACAGAAACACCAAAGAGCCCGUGGGGUUCGGUGACCCCGGCAGCUCCGUCCUGCUCUCUGGCUGAUGUAAUGAGUGAACAGCUGGCCAGACAGCUGGAGGAGGAGAACAACACCUUCCCUACUCUGACUGAGCCUGGAUCAGACCUGUUGCUGUCGGACGAGGCUUCGGACACGACCAGUGACCUGAUGCUCGCCCAGAUGUUGCAGAUGCAGUUCGACCGCGAGUUUGACGAUCAGCUCCGCCGCGAGGAGAAGAAGUUCAACGGAGACAGCAAAGUGUCCAUCUCCUUCGAGAACUACAGGAUGGUCCAUCCAUAUGAAGACAGCGACAGCUCGGAGGACGAGGUGGACUGGCAGGACACGAGACACGACCCCUAUAGAGCAGAAAAACCUCAGACCACGCCCAGGAAAGGCUUCACUGGGAAAGGAAAGAACAUCACCACCAAACACGACGAGGUGAUGUGUGGACGUAAGAACACUGCUCGCAUGGACAAUUUUGCUCCUGAGGUCCACGUGGGUGACGGUCUGGGGAUGGACCUGAAGUUGUCCAACCAGGUGUUCAACUCUCUGAAGCAGCACUGCUACAGCGAGCAGAGACGCAGCUCCAGGCUGCACGAGAAGAAGGAGCACUCCACCGCCGAACAAGCAGUGGACCCUCGCACUCGCCUGCUGAUGUAUAAGAUGGUGAACGCCGGCGUGCUGGAACACAUCAACGGCUGCAUCAGCACCGGGAAAGAGUCCGUCGUCUUCCACGCUGACGGAGGGAGCCUGGAGGAGCAGCCGGUCCCGGACGAGGUGGUGCUGAAGGUGUUCAAGACGACGCUCAACGAGUUCAAGAACAGAGACCGCUACAUCAAAGACGACUAUCGCUUCAUAGACAGAUUCAGCAAACUGAACCCGCGCAAAAUCAUCCGGCUGUGGGCCGAGAAGGAGAUGCACAACCUGAGCAGGAUGAAGAAGGCGGAGAUCCCGUGUCCGGAGGUGGUGAUGUUGAAGAAACACAUCCUGGUGAUGUCGUUCAUCGGUAAAGACCACGUUCCCGCUCCCAAACUCAAAGACGCCAGGUUGGGCUCCGAGGACAUGAAGAACGCCUACUACCAGGUCCUACAUAUGAUGCAGCAGCUGUUUCAGGAGUGUAACCUGGUUCAUGCUGAUCUCAGUGAAUACAACAUGCUGUGGCACGAAGGGAAGGUGUGGUUGAUAGACGUCAGUCAGUCCGUCGAGCCCACCCAUCCUCACGGCCUGGAGUUCCUCUUCAGAGACUGCAGGAACGUUUCCACGUUUUUCCAGAAGAGAGGAGUGAGCGAGGCGAUGAGUGUGUACGACCUUUUCAACGCCGUGACCGGACUGAACAUCCCUGUAGGCGCAGAAGAAGAGGCUGAAUUUUUCGCCGAGAUCGUGGCGUUGGAGAAGAGGAACGAGGAUCACGUUCAGAGGCGAGGGAAGAAAACGUUCCCCCUCUCCUCCGAGGACGGCGAUCCUCCUUUAAAACCCGACGCUGAUGACUAACGCUCGCCCGGCUCGCUCUCUCUUCACGAUCCCGCCGUGUUGAAAACGCUGUAAGGAGGAGAUGAACGGAGGAGGAGGACCUGGCACCUCGUCCCCCCCCCCCCCUCCACACACCCUCCAACGCCUCCCACCACCACCCACUAACCCCACACACCCGACGGAGCGCCUCCUCCUGGCUGCAGGAGGAAUGAUUUCACCCAGUUGGAUGUUGAAGCCGGAGCGUCCGGGCCGCUGAGAGGCUCCAGCUGGGUUUUCUGAAGCCGAGACCACAUCUCAUUUCUGCUGCUGCUGUGGCUCAAAGAUCGAUUACAGUGUGUGUGUGUUUGUAAGAAUCAUAAAGAUACAUAAAGAUUUCCACACAGGACCUCGUCCACCAGCUGGAGCCACUGCUGAGCUCCGUUCAAACCCUCGAGAUUUACUUUAAAUUCUAGUGGAGGGACCUGAAGGUGUCACGAAUUUUGGGGAAAAAUAUGUAGAAAAUGUGCAAAAAAUAAAAAAAACCUAAACGUGUCUUUUACAGUAAUGGUGAAAGAAUUAUAUCCUGGGUUUGAAUAUUUGGCUGUAGCUUUAGGAAGGAGCAGAUAUCGUAUGUGAACUUCAGGAGAAAGACCAGAAACAGGUGAAACUAAUGUAACAUGAUAUUUUUUUGUUUUAAGUGAAAUAAUCUAAAAUAGAUCUAAAUACCAAAAGCAUGAAUUGGUUAAAUAUCAAUAGUAAAAACAAAAUACAGAUGCUGCUUUUUUUAGGCCUAAAAGAAAAUCGCUAAUUCAGUUUCAUUAUGAAUCUUUGGGCAUCUUCAUCUUCAUCAUCAUCUUCAUCUUCUCGCUCUGUUUAUUUCCCCAUUCGGUUUCAUAUUUCCUCUGAGGCUGGGAGUCAAAUUCCCAUUACAACAAACGUUGGUGCAACACAACACACUAAUAAUAAUAAAUCCAGAUACUUAAAAACAUUUAUAAUCUGUACCACGUCGACCGAGAGGAAGGAUUAAGCACAACACUCAAACACUGCUGUUUCCAUACGUCACAUUAAAGAAAAUAAAAGUUUUAUCUUUAUUUCUCUCAAAAGCCAAAAGAUCUUAAAUAGCCUGAAGUUGCUAAAUUUAAAUUUAAAUUGGGGAUUAUUUGACCAAGUUUAACCAGAUUAUAAAUCUUAUUUUAUUCUUCCUUUUCACUUUCACACUGUUUUCAUCUCUCGCUCGGUGUUUCUGGGAGGAACUAAGGUUGAUGGUAUUUAAUACAUGUGAUUUACUCUUGACAGGAACUAUAUGUACGUGUCUCUUUAACAUUAUUUUCCUCAAAGUAAAAGACGCAAUCGAUCUUUUCUUCUUUUGGUAACUCUUGAAAUUAAGUUUAUUUUAUUACAAUAAACUAGUUAUUGACUGUUUUUGAUGUUUGCAGUGAAAAAGAUCUGUAGCUCUUUGAUCGUGUGACUUCGGCUCAGAAAACCUGGCGUGGGAGAGGUCGGUCACCUGUUGCAGAUUAUUGUGUGUUUUUCGAUGUGUGAGGUUUUUCUCUGCAGAGAGUUUUGGCCCUUGGUGUUGGUUUUGUGGUGGUUAUGUUCUGAUGAAAAGUGCAGAAAAGUGAUGACAUUAAAAAAAAUUAAAAUGGAAA